AUGAACGUCAACAUGUUCCAAGCCGGCGACAACGUCGCCGCCACAGACCACUCCGACAUUGACAAGCUUCCCAUCGAAGAACUUCCUCUCCCCCCCGACUUCGCCUGGGGCACCGCAACCGCCGCAUACCAGGUUGAAGGCGCGGUGACCCAAGACGGCCGUGGCCCGUCCAUCUGGGACACAUUCACGCACUUGGAGCCAUCCCGCACCAACAACGAGAACGGCGACAUCGCCUGCGACCACUAUAACCGCGUCGCCGAAGACGUGGACCUCAUGGCCUCUCUCGGAAUGGAUGUCUACCGUCUCUCGAUUGCCUGGUCGCGCAUCAUCCCACUCGGCGGACGCAACGACCCCGUCAACGAAGCGGGUAUAGCGUUCUACAACCGUCUGAUCGACUCCCUUCUUGCGAAAAGCAUCGAGCCCGUCGUGACACUGUACCACUGGGACGCACCGCAGGUCAUCUACGAUCGCUACGGCGCAUUCCUGAUCACCGCCGAAUUCAAAGCCGAUUUCGAGCGCUACGCCCGAGUCUGCUUCUCUCGCUUCGGUGACCGCGUCAAAAAAUGGAUUACCUUCAAUGAGCCAUACAUCAUCUCGGUCUUCGGCCAUCAUACCGGCGUGCUCGCCCCGGGCAGAAACUCCUCUAAUGGCGGCGAUUCGCGCACGGAGCCCUGGCGUGUCGGACACACGCUGAUUGUCUCGCACGCUUCGGCCGUGGAGAUCUAUGCGUCGGAGUUCCAGCCCGCUCAGAACGGUACUAUCUCCAUUGUUCUGAACUCCCAUUUCUACGAGCCCUGGGAUCCGGAGAAUCCCGUGCACGUCGACGCCGCGCAACGCAGACAGGAGUUCUACGUCUCGUGGUUCGGCGAUCCGAUCUUCCUAGCGCGCGACUACCCGUCCUGCAUGCGUGAGUUCCUGGGCGAUCGACUCCCUACCUUCACGGACGAUGAGGUCGCACUGCUUCGCCGAACAGCGCAUCUGAACACCUUCUACGGUAUGAACCACUACUCGACGAAGUUUGCGCGCGCGCUCCCCGACCCUCCCUCCCCGGACGACUGCACGGGGAACAUCGAGGAGGGGCCCACGAACUGUCGCGGGGAAGAAGCCGGCCCGGUGUCGGGCAUGGCGUGGCUGCGUGUGGCGCCGUAUGGGUUCCGGAAGCUGUUGAAUUGGGUGUGGAAGCGGUAUCAGCUGCCGAUUAUUAUCACGGAGAAUGGAUGUCCUUGUCCCGGGGAGAGCGAGAUGAGGAAGGAGGAGGCGCUGGAUGAUGGGUUCCGGGUGAGGUAUUUUGGGCUGUACCUAGACUCGAUCUCGAGGGCGAUUUACGAGGACGGGGUCAAGGUGACGGGGUAUUAUGCGUGGAGUUUGAUGGAUAAUUUUGAGUGGUCCGCUGGGUAUGGGCCCAGGUAUGGCAUCGUGCAUGUGGAUCGGACGACGCUGGAGAGGACGCCGAAGAAGUCGGCGUGGUAUUUGAAGAGGUCGUUUGAUGAGAGGAGGGUAAAGGGGAAGAGUAGGGCUUGA